AAAAAAACCCCAUAAAUUCUUUCUAAUUUUCUUCUUUUCCCCCCUUAGUAUUUUCAUUUCUUUGAAAAUAUGACUAUGAAGAACAAUCCUUAUAGAAAAUCCACAGGUCAUCCAAUUACUCAACCAGACCAACAACUUUCUUUAUUACCAACAACAAUCUUGACACUAACAACAUCUUUAUCUCAAGAAGACAAACAAAUCUUGUCAUAUUUAAUUUCUUGUUCUUCUAGCAAUUUCUCCAAUAAUCUUGGAAAUUGUACUACUCACAACAAUAACAACAAAAGUUGCUAUUGUUUUAAUUGUUAUAUGAGUUAUUGGGUGAAAUGGGAUUCAUCUCCAAAUCAUCAACUUAUUCAUGAGAUUAUAGAUGCUUUUGAAAAUAUGGUGUUGGAGAAAAAAAAGGGGAAAAACAAGAAACAGAGGAGGAAUAAGAAUAGAAGUUCUUGUGGGAUUGAGAAAAAUUCUGAAAUUUGUUUAGAGGAAAAUUCAACAAGUUAUGAUGGUGAUAGAGAAGAGGAAUUAGGGUCUGUUAGAAGAUUUGUGAGUUUUCUUGGUGAAAGUAUUUGGAGUGUUUGGCAUGUCUGAAAUGUUUUAAGGUAAUAUUGGGAAAAUCUAGGUUCUCUUUUUAUUUCAUCCGGUGUUUGGUAUUUGUAUUGGAAUUCGAUGAAAUAUGACUUCGCGCAUGAAAGUCUCGA